UGUGUCAAUUUCCUGGAUUAGAAGAGGCUUCACCGCAACUUCCCCACGUUUUUCGUUCUUGGAUAUUUCUUGUAUUCUUUUUUGAUUUCCGUCGUUUAUAGGUGUUACUGGAGUCAAUCUCAAGAACCAAUUUCCAAAGUCGGGGCAGCCUGACCUGCCGCUGGCUCCCUUCACCCAGCUGUCCAUGAACCAGGCGUGCUCCAGUCCACAGUGAUCCCCACGGUCGAGGAUGACGAUCCACGUGGAGGGGUUGGCGGCCAUCGUGAUCUUCUACGUGCUGAUUCUCCUGGUGGGGAUAUGGGCGGCGUGGAAGAACAAGAACUCCGGUGUGGAGGAAGGCGCAGACCGCAGCGAAAUCAUCAUGGUCGGCGGGAGGGAUAUUGGGCUGUUUGUAGGAGGAUUUACAAUGACUGCAACAUGGGUCGGAGGAGGCUAUAUAAACGGCACCGCCGAAUAUGUGUACCUGCCGGGCUACGGGCUGGCAUGGGCGCAAGCUCCUUUCGGAUACGCGCUCAGUCUGGUUGUAGGUGGCCUGUUCUUCGCUAAGCCCAUGAGGUCAAAGGGCUACGUGACCAUGCUCGACCCGUUCCAGCAGCUGUAUGGGAAAAGGAUGGGAGGUCUUCUCUUUAUCCCAGCACUCAUGGGCGAGAUCUUCUGGUCAGCCGCGAUUCUUUCAGCCCUGGGGGCCACCCUAAGUGUCAUCGUGGAUAUCAACAUCAACAUGUCGGUAGUCAUCUCAGCCCUCAUCGCCAUUUUCUACACGCUUGUGGGAGGGCUUUACUCGGUGGCUUACACUGAUGUGGUUCAACUCUUCUGCAUCUUUCUUGGCUUGUGGGUCAGCGUGCCGUUCGCAUUAUCGAACCCAGCUGUGUCUGACAUCACGGUCACAGCAGUCAAGCAGAUCUACCAGAAGCCCUGGGUGGGAAGCCUCAAGUCCUCAGACAUGUGGAUGUGGCUUGACAACUUCUUCCUGCUGAUGUUGGGGGGGAUUCCCUGGCAGGUGUAUUUUCAACGGGUUCUUUCUGCCUCUUCAGCUACCUACGCCCAAGUCCUCUCCUUCCUGGCUGCCUUCGGCUGCUUGGUCAUGGCCGUGCCCUCGGUCCUGAUAGGAGCCAUAGGGGCCUCCACAGACUGGAACAUGACCACCUAUGGGGCCAUGCCGCCCAUGGAGAAGGACGAAUCAGACAUGAUCUUGCCCAUCGUGCUCCAGCACCUGUGCCCGCCCUACAUCUCCUUUUUUGGCCUGGGUGCAGUAUCGGCUGCAGUGAUGUCAUCAGCUGACUCAUCCAUCCUCUCUGCCAGUUCAAUGUUUGCACGAAACAUCUACCAGCUGGCCUUCCGCCAGUCGGCAUCGGACCGCGAGAUUGUGUGGGUGAUGAGGGUCACGAUCUUCGUAUUUGGCGCCCUGGCCACAGCGAUGGCCCUGCUGACAGGCACGGUGUACGGCCUGUGGUACCUGAGCUCCGACCUGGUCUACGUCAUCAUCUUCCCCCAGUUGCUCAGCGUACUUUUCGUCAAGGGCACCAACACAUAUGGCUCCGUCGCUGGCUACAUUUUUGGCCUGGUGCUACGCAUAGGGGGCGGGGAGCCCUACCUCAAGCUGCCUCCAUUCAUCUACUACCCUGGUUGGCACUUGGAGGAGAAGGUGCACCACCUCACAAGGGAGGUCGAAUAUGUGGUCGUGCAGCAGUUCCCCUUCAAGACUAUGUCCAUGCUUGCAUCUUUCCUGGCAAACGUGGCGUUCUCCUACCUGAUGAAGUACCUCUUCGAGAGCGGGAAACUGUCUCCGAAGUACGACUUCCUGGAUGCCGUCCUUUCGAGGCACAGCCGAGAGAUCAUGGACAAGACCACUCUGAUGAACAGUGACAACAUCACGCUGUCGGAGCUUGCCCCGGUGAAACCGCGGUUAAGCACCACGCUGGCGGGAACAUUCACAAACAAGGAGAUGCUGAGCGAAGGGGAGACGAGCCCCGAUACCUCUAAUAACGACAUCGACUAGAGCCCCAUCGGCUAGGGUAAAGACACAAUCAAACCCUCCUGCUCAGUAUCAGCGAAGUUUUGUAAUUCAGUGAAAUGUGCCACUCCAAUCAGUUUCUCAUCCACUUCAGUUGCUGCUAAGACACAUUUUAAAGAAAAAAAAACACUUGGUCAGAGAAGGAGGGCGAAGUGAGAGGACGACUGCGGAAUUCACCAAGAAGCAGUGAGGAGAAUCAGGGAAUGGUGGUGAAUGACAUGAAUCACUUAGCCGUCCAGUGGGUAUGUAUGGAACGCUCUCAAACCUUUCAGCAGGUAGCGCUUAGGACAGAGCAAACUGCCAGAGCCAUAAUGUUUAUUAGUGGUAAAACUCAUAGAAGCUAUUUUGACAUCUCUUAGAAAAAUAUUUAUUUUUUAAGAAGUUCACAAGUGUUCACGCAGGCAAACAUGUAUGGGUACAUUCUAACAGUAGUAGAUCUUUACUAAAGCUGAAAUGCCAGUCCUGUGCUUUUAGCCAUUUGUGGUGUACGAACAGUGCCAAACAACUCCAGCUGGCAUCACACAGGAGUCAGUAAACAAGAAAGAUACAUUGUACAUGUAUAUAUAUAUAUAAAAAAAACCAAAGCUUGGUAAGGGUAAUAUAUCAUUGUUAUUAAAGAUGUAGAAGACAUACCGUAUAUAUGAACCAAGCCUUUUAACAUGAAAAGAUGGACACCAGCUGUCCUUCCUGUAAGCUACACUUCUGUUAAAGUAUGACGUGACUGUAUUUCUUGUGCUAUACGUGUCCUGCUGAAUACUGACAGUGGGAGUCCCCAGCUUGUCAGAACCUUCUGCUUGUCUCUUCUAAAUAUGAUCAAGUGUGCGGUCAUUACCAUGGAGACAACGGGGAACUAAAGCUGCUUCAGGGUGUGUUAGUCUGGCCUGUAUAAAACUGAUGUAUCAGGAAAAGAUGCUUAAACUAGUUAUGGUAUCAUAUUUCGGUCGACAUGUGUGAAUGUUUUCAUAUUGUGAAAUAUAUGUGUAGUGUGCUUUCCGUAUGAGUAUACUGUAGAUUUUAAAAUGCAUUAACCGCCUUAUUCAUCUGGGGACUCUAUGCAAUGUACUGGUGGAGAGUAUUAUGAAGUAUUGUUGAAUGUGAAUGUACAGUCUGUUAAGGGUUAAAUAGACAGAAACAUUAGUAUGUAGUGUUUCACUCUACAUCUAUAAAGUGACCAGAAAUUACUGUGUGACUAGACAAAUACUUGUGAUUUUUUCGUUGUUUUAUUAUACAUAUGUAAAGAGAUAUAUAUGUGUAUUCAAUAAUGCAAUAGACUUUUAAAAUGUACCUGUAUAAACCGCCUUUCAGUUUGGUGGGGAAUCACCACUUACAUCUCUAUUUAUGGAGUGUCUAUACAAAUUAUUGUGAUCAAAAUGUAAGUUAUAUUGAAUAAAUUAUAUUAUUUAUCAGUA